AUGGAUUCUAUGCCCUAUGCCUCUUGUGUUGGAAGUCUCAUGUAUUGCAUGGUGUGCACUAGGCCUGACUUAGCCUAUGCACUCAACAUUGUUAGCCGAUUCAUUGCAGACCCUGGUAAGGAACAUUGGUCUGCUGUGAAAUGGAUACUCAGAUAUUUGAAGGGAUCUAUGAACAUUGGACCUGUCUAUGAUAACAAGUUUAAAGAAGGAAUUGAAGUGAAUGGAUAUGUUGACUCUGAUUAUGCAGGAAGUAUAGACACAAGAAGAUCUAUAACUGGUUAUGCAUUCACAGUCCUAGGUGGAUGCAUCAGUUGGAAAUCCAAUCUACAAAAGGUAGUAGCUCUGUCAUCAACUGAAGCAGAGUACAUGGCUGCUACUGAGGCCAUUAAGGAAGCAAUCUGGCUCAAGGGAUUCACAAAUGAACUGGGGUUCAAUUCAGAAACCAUAACAGUGCACUGUGUUAAUCAAAGUGCACUACAUUUGAUGAAGAAUCCUAUGUUCCAUGAGAGAUCAAAGCACAUAGAUAUUAAACUACAUUUCAUAAGGGAUAUCAUUGUUGAAAAGGAGAUUAGUGUGGAGAAGAUUGGAACAAAAGAGAACCCUGCAGACAUGAUGACAAAGUAUGUAAGUUUAGCCAAGUUUAGGCUUUACUUAGACUUGCUAAACAUCCUCAAUUGCUAA